AUGGACGCGACGAGAACGCAGGAACUCGCGGCCGAGGAGGAGGCCGAGCGGCAGCGCAAACGGGCGCGAGAGAAGGAGGCAUGGCGCGCGCAGCGCGAGCGCAGCGCCAAGAAGACGGCAGCGCUGCAGGGGCACGACGAGGCAUGGGGACGCGCGAGGGUGGCCCAUGUCGGGCGCGCGCACUCGGUGGCUGGCGCGCUCGACGCGCACAUCGAGCGGCACUGGCGGCCAAGCGGCGGCGCGUUUGCCUACUACCCCGAGGGCCUCCUCCGCAUUCCCGAGCGCUUCGUGGCGGUCCACGUGAGCCGGGUGAUUCCCCUCCUAGUCCACUGCGUCGAGGCGGAGUUCGACUACGCUUAUGCCACGACCGCUUUCUGCGACGAGUUCCUCGGCGAGGGGAGGUACGCCCGGCGGGUCGCCCAGCUGCCAGCGGCGCCGCCGUCGCUGCCGCUGCUCGAACGCCUCAGCAGCGCGGUGGAAGACAUGGAGCGCCACCUGCCGCGAGGCCCUCGGCUCGCCAGAUACGCGACGGACGAGGAAGGCCGACGGGAGGGGGAGGGGGGGGGAGAGGAGGAGGGGGGGGAGGAGGGGUACGGGGGGGGCGGCAUGGAGGGGGAGAGGAAGAGCAAGGGCGAGAGAGGGCAAGGGACCGGGCGCUGGCAUACCAGGGGGGGCAGGGUGGUGGGCGGCGACCGCCGCAUACCGUCCUACGGCGGGGACUAUCGCUACGCCAGGGAAGACAAGGGCGUCGAAGUGCAGCUGCUGCUGUUCGAAUCGUUCGGCGGGUUCGGAAAGGGGGUCCGUGAGAUCCUCAGGAAGGCGGCGGACGUACUACAGAACAAGCUGACGCGGGCCCAGUACCUCGAUGAGGUGACUUGGACCACCAAGAGCUGGCUGGGGCUGCAGAAGCAGCGCAUCUCAGUCGUUCUUCACACGGCAAUCGCAGAGCAGAUUGUGAAUGAGCUUGCCUGUGGCGGGGGUGGGCGGGUGCACGGAGCUAG